GGGCUGAGAGCAGAUAUAAUAUUCACACAGUUGGAAGCUGGAGACAGAAAGAUCAGACUCAGGACAGAAACACACAACCUCUGAAAAAUGGACCAAACUCUAUAUUUCAUCCUUCUUAUUGCUCUCUGCUCUGUAUCUGAAUGUGUUCAGCGUCAGUAUCACUUUAUAAAUGAGAAGAAGACCUGGGCUGAAGCUCAGAGAUACUGUAGAGAGAAAUACACAGAUCUGGCCACCAUUGAUGACAUGAACGACAUGAAGGAGCUGAACAAGAGUGUGACUGAUAAAAGUCUUGAGUAUGUCUGGAUUGGGCUGCAGAAGACGGGUCGUGAUGAAUGGCAGUGGUCUUCAGGUGAACCUGCGCUCUAUCUGAACUGGGCUCCUGGACAACCAGAAGCUAGAGGAGAAGAGUGUGGUAUGAUGACAAAAGGAGAAUGGCAUGACUUGACAUGUAGUGAUCAAAAGCAUUUCAUCUGCUACAACAUGAACACAGGACUCGUCUUUGUCAAUCAGAAGAUGAAUUGGAAAGAUGCUCAGAGUUACUGCAGACAGAAUCACAUUGAUCUGGUCAGUGUGAGGAACCAGAAUGAGAAUCAACAGGUUGAGAAGAUCAUCAGUGAUAAUCAUUUAUCUGGAUCAUAUGUCUGGAUCGGUCUGUUCAGAGUCAGAGACUCAUGGCAGUGGUCAGAUCAGAGUAACUCCUCAUUCAGAUACUGGAAAACUGGUCAACCUGAUAAUGAUGGAGGUGAAGGUGAAGGCUGUACAGUGGUUGAACUAAAUAUUCAGGGACAAUGGAACGACGUCCCUUGUACCACUCUAUAUCCUUUCGUGUGUCAUGAAGGGUGGUUUGUUUGGUUUCCAGAUAAACUGAUUCUGAUCAAGGAGAAUCUGACGUGGUCUGAAGCUCUGAGAUACUGCAGACAGAAUCAUGUGGAUCUGCUCUCGGUUCAUUCAGAAAAGAUUCAGCGUCGUGUGAUGAACGUGGUUAAACGAGCGUCUACUGAGGCAGUGUGGUUGGGUUUACACAACUACUGCGUCAUGAACAUGUGGCUCUGGCUGAGUGGAGAGGUCGUGUGCUAUCAGAACUGGGCUCCAGGGAACGGAACGACACCCGAAAACUGCAAACUGGAGAACAGAAAAGGAGCAGUUCAGUCUGGAGGAGAUCAGCGCUGGAUCAGCCUUCCUGAAUCUCACAAACUCAACUUCAUCUGCAGCAGAAAUUAAGAGCUAAUGUGUUUACUUACAUUAACAGUUUUCACAGGCCACUUCAUUAUUUUUCAGAUUUUUUUUAUGCUUGUGUUGUUAUUUAGUAUGU